GAUAGGAACUGACACCUGACGAUGGUGGAGUAGCCAAAUGUUUGACAGUGAGAGGCCGAGCAUCACGGAUAUUAUGUCCUCCCCAAAGAAAAUCCGUGAAUUCGACCGCAUGGGACCCACCAACCCGACCGCUAAAAAGCCUCUUACUAUACGUGGCACUAUCGCCGCAUCUCUUUCAAAACUGCUUCACUUUAACCAACGAAACAACUCAAUACAUUUGUAUUCCUAUUUGUGGUUUAGCUCUUUCUUUUCAAUUCUUCUUCUUUUGUUGUUUUUUUCUUCCACAUUUUCCAAUACCAAUCACUCACUCACUCACUCAUCCAAUCAGUGUUUCUUAUAAACGUUAUUCACUAACUCGGUGCUCUUCCUUUGGACGGGCUCCAUGGAUCCAACACGAGCUUUUGUCAAAGGUGUUAAGCGUGUUGUUGUUAAGGUUGGAACAGCAGUAGUUACUCGAAGUGAUGGUAGAUUAGCAUUGGGAAGACUUGGAGCUCUCUGUGAGCAGCUUAAAGAGCUAAAUAGUAGGGGAUAUGAGGUUAUAUUAGUAACUUCAGGAGCAGUUGGUCUUGGCAAGCAAAGACUAAGAUAUCGCAAAUUGGCCAAUAGCAGCUUUUCUGAUCUUCAAAAGCCACAAGAUGAACUUGAUGGAAAAGCAUGUGCAGCUGUUGGACAGAGUAGUCUCAUGGCUCUCUAUGAUAUCAUGUUUAGUCAGCUUGAUGUUACUUCUUCCCAACUUCUUGUGAAUGAUGGGUUUUUUAGGGAUGCAGGUUUCAGAAAACAACUAACUGACACUGUGAACUCAUUAUUAGAUUUAAGGGUCAUUCCCAUUUUCAAUGAAAAUGAUGCUGUGAGUACUAGGAAGGCACCAUAUGAGCUUCUGCAGGAUUCCUCUGGUAUCUUCUGGGACAAUGAUAGUUUGGCUGGUUUGUUGGCUUUGGAACUCAAAGCUGACCUUCUUGUUUUACUGAGUGAUGUUGAGGGCCUUUAUAGUGGCCCACCAUCUGACCCAAAAUCAAAGCUAAUUCACACAUAUGUUAAAGAAAUUCAUCAAUCAGAAAUUACUUUUGGAGACAAAUCAAGAUUGGGAAGAGGGGGUAUGACUGCUAAAGUUAAUGCUGCUGUUUGUGCUGCUUAUUCUGGCACACCUGUCAUUAUUACCAGUGGCUAUACUAAUGAUAACAUCAUGAGAGUGCUUCAAGGAGAUAGAAUUGGUACUGUCUUUCAUAAGGAUGCUCACUUAUGGACCAGCAUAAAGGAAGUAAGUGCGCAUGAAAUGGCUGUUGCAGCACGCGACAGUUCAAGACGACUUCAGGUUCUAAGUUCUGAAGAAAGGAGGAAAAUAUUGAUGGAUGUGGCUGAUGCAUUAGAGAAAGGUGAAAGUUUGAUAAGGAUUGAGAAUGGUGCUGAUGUUGCUGAUGCAGAAGAAGCUGGAUAUGAGAGAUCACUUAUAUCACGUUUAACUUUGAGACCUGAGAAGAUUACUAGUCUUGUAAAGUCUGUUCGCACGCUGGCUGACAUGGAAGAACCAAUUGGUCAUAUUAUAAAGAGAACUGAGCUAGCAGAUAAACUCAUUCUGGAGAAAAUAUCAUGUCCUUUGGGUGUACUUCUAGUUAUAUUCGAGUCACGACCCGAUGCACUUGUUCAGAUAGCGGCAUUGGCAAUUCGAAGUGGAAAUGGUUUAUUGCUCAAAGGAGGAAAGGAAGCCAAAAGAUCUAAUGCAAUCUUACACAAGAUCAUUACUUCAGCUCUUCCAGAUACAGUCGGUGACAGACUUAUUGGACUUGUGACUUCAAGAGAAGCAAUCCCUGAUCUGCUCAAGCUUGAUGAUGUGAUAGAUCUUGUGGUCCCUAGAGGCAGCAAUAAGCUUGUUUCUCAAAUCAAGGAUUCUACAAAGAUUCCUGUUCUUGGUCAUGCUGAUGGAAUUUGCCAUGUAUAUGUUGACAAAGCAGCUAAUAUUGAUGUGGCCAGGCAGAUUGUUAGGGAUGCAAAGACUGAUUAUCCUGCAGCCUGCAAUGCAAUGGAAACCCUUCUUGUACACAAAGCUCUGUCAGAAAAUGGUGGACUAGAUGAACUUGUUGCUGAACUCCAAAGAGAAGGUGUUCAGCUAUAUGGUGGACCAAGAUCCAGUCCCUUAUUAAACAUUACUGAAACAAAAUCUUUCCAUCUGGAGUAUGGUUCACUGGCUUGUACAGUUGAAAUUGUAGAUGAUGUAUUUGCUGCAAUUGACCACAUACAUCAACAUGGAAGUUCUCAUACUGAUUGCAUUGUUACAGAAGACACUGAAGUUGCUGAAACUUUCUUACGUCAAGUUGAUAGUGCUGCUGUAUUCCACAAUGCAAGUACAAGGUUUUGUGACGGGGCACGCUUUGGGCUUGGUGCUGAGGUUGGAAUAAGCACAAGCAGAAUUCAUGCCAGAGGUCCUGUAGGAGUUGAGGGCUUGUUAACAAAUAGAUGGGUAUUGAGAGGGAAUGGACAGGUGGUAGACGGCGAUCGAAGCAUCACUUAUACGCACAAAGAACUACCAGUAGAAGCAUAAUAGAUAUGCAAUGAGAGAUUUGUUUUACACACUACUGGAUCAUUGUUGUUCAGCUCAUCAAUCAAACUUGCAGCUAUUUUCUGUUCUAUUUUCUUAUACAGAAGUAUGCUGGCAUUGUAUAAUCAUAAUUAACUACCAUUGCCCCCAUUCCAGAUUUUUUUUUCUUUCCUGGAGCAUGUUCAGGGGAAACAUAAUUACUCUUUGAAUGAAUAUUAUUUGGCUGUGUAAUGAUUUUCUUUUUAAUAAGUUACUGCUUGAGAUUGUGAAACAGCAA